AUGCCACGGGAUUACAAAAAGAAACAAAUAAAGACAAUAGACUGGAUCGAGGAUGAUAGUCCUUUGGCGUCGAUAGAUGUACAGUACUACCUGCGCGCGGACUCCAUACAUUUAGAUCUGCCCAUCUCUGCCUCAACGGAUCUCUGGAAUGCACCUCAGGGCUUGACCUUUCAACUACAGCGCCUUGGCACCUUUGUCCCAAAUUACGUGUUUCGUGUAUAUUGGGUGUCGAAACUACAUGUAAUAGUCAGAACAGAUGUAAUCCAACCGUUUCCGGCCGCUCGCUCGAGAUAUAUAUCAGAACUAGCCAUUUGGAAUGCCAUGCGCUAA